CAUCUGAGCUCAGAGUAGAUGAGAGAUGUAAUGUUUGUCUCUGUUGUGUUGAAGUCCAAUCAAGCAGGAGAGACCAGCCUCCCCUGUACCCAGCUGUGUGUCCAUGAAGAGUGACUGGUCAAUGGAUAAAAUGAUAGACUUCAGAGAGAGAGAUUAUUCUCCUGAACAAAGAACCGAACAGGAGACAUCAGAGUCAGUGAUUCUCAGUGGUCAGUCUUCCCAGAGUCAUCAAACAGACCUGGCCUCUAUAUUCAGUUUGCUUGAAGAGAAUUUGAUGACAUUUGUGAACAACGAGCUGAAGAGGUACAAGAGGAUUCUUAGUCCAGAACUCCCAGAAGGCUUUGAGAGUCAGAAGCAGGAUGAGGAAGUGGUGGAUGCUGAAGAUGAGCAGCAGGAGAGCAGUGCCAGAGAGGGGGCUCUGAAGAUCACACUGCACGUCCUGAGGAAAAUGAACCAGAAGGAGCUUGCUGACACACUGGAGAAAAAUGAGCUUGCUGUGAUUUGCCAACGUGAACUCAAAUCUAAUCUAAAGAAGAAGUUUCAAUGUGUAUUUGAGGGGAUAGCUAAACAAGGAAACCCAACACUUCUCAAUAAGAUCUACACAGAGCUCUACAUCACAGAGGGUGGAACAGGAGAGGUCAAUAAUGAACAUGAGCUGAGACAGAUUGAGACAACAACCAGGAAACAAGCAAGACCAGAGACUGCAAUCAAAUGUAAUGACAUCUUCAAACCCUUAACUGGACAAGACAAACUUAUCAGAACUGUGCUGACAAAGGGAGUCGCUGGCAUUGGAAAAACAGUCUCUGUGCAGAAGUUCAUUCUGGACUGGGCUGAAGGAAAAGCAAAUCAGGAUGUCCAGUUUGUAUUUUCAUUCCCUUUUCGGGAGCUGAAUUUGAUGAAAGGGGAAAAACACACUUUGAUUGAACUUCUCAAUCACUUCUCAAUGGAAACCAAAGAAUCAAGAAUCUCCAACUACGACAAGAACAACGUUCUGUUCAUCUUUGAUGGUCUGGAUGAGUGCCGACUGCCCCUAGACUUCCAGAACAACAAGAUCUGUUGUGACGUCACCAAGUCAACCUCAGUGGAUGUUCUACUGACAAAUCUCAUCAAGGGAAAUCUGCUUCCCUCUGCUCUCCUCUGGAUAACUACCCGACCUGCAGCAGCCAAUCAGAUCCCCCCUGAGUGUGUUGACCAGGUGACAGAGGUACGAGGGUUCAAUGAUCCACAGAAGGAGGAGUACUUCAGGAAGAGAUUCAGUGAUGAGGACCUGGCCAGCAGAAUCAUCUCACACAUAAAGACAUCAAGGAGCCUCCACAUCAUGUGCCACAUUCCAGUCUUUUGUUGGAUUUCUGCAAUAGUACUUGAACCAAUGCUGAAACAUAAGAGAGAAGAGAUGCCCAAGACUCUGACUGAGAUGUACACACACCUUGUGGUGUUUCAUACCAAACAGAAGAAUGAAAAGUAUCUUGGGAAAGAAGAGAGGGGUCCAGACUGGAAUAAAAAGAGCAUUCUGUCACUGGGAAAACUGGCUUUUCAACAGCUUGUGAAGGGAAAUAUAAUGUUCUAUGAAGAAGACCUGAAAGAGUCUGGCAUUGAUGUCAAUGAAGCCUCAGUGUACUCAGGAUUGUGCACACAGAUCUUUAAAGAGGAAUGUGGGCUGUACCAGGACAAGGUGUACUGCUUCGUGCAUCUGAGCAUUCAGGAGUUUCUGGCUGCUGUAUAUGUGUUCCUUUCAUUCAGCAACAACAAUGAGAAUCUAAUGGCCGAACCUCAAACAACAUCCAGCAACGAUUGUCUACUGAAGACAGAAGUUACUGUCUACAAGAGUGCUGUGGAUAAAGCUUUACAAAGUGAGACGGGAAACCUGGACCUUUUCCUCCGCUUCCUUCUGGGCCUCUCACUGGAGUCCAAUCAGAAGCACUUACGAGGUCUACUGACAACGAUAGGAAGCAGUUCACAGAGCCACGAAGAAACAGUCAAGUACAUCAAGGAGAAGAUCAGGGAGAAUCCCUCUCCAGAGAGGUGCAUCAAUCUGUUCCACUGUCUGAAUGAACUGAAUGACCAUUCUCUAGUGGAGGAGAUCCAAAGCUACCUGAGAUCAGGAAGUCUCUCCAGUGAUGAACUCUUACCUGCACAGUGGUCAGCUCUGGUGUUUGUGUUGCUGACUUCAGAAAAGGAGCUGGAUGUGCUUGACCUGAAGAAAUACUCCAGAUCAGAGGAAGGUCUUCUGAGGCUGCUGCCAGUGGUCAAAGUCUCCAGAGCUGCUCUGCUGUCAGGCUGUGGAGUCACAGAGGAAGGCUGUGCUUCUCUGGUCUCAGCUCUGAAGUCAAACCCCUCAAACCUGAGAGAGCUGGAUCUGAGUAACAAUGACCUGAAGGAUUCAGGAGUGAAGCUGCUCUCUGCUGGACUGGGGAAUCCCCACUGUAAACUGGAUACUCUGAGGCUGUCAGGCUGUCUAGUCACAGAGGAAGGCUGUGCUUCUCUGGUCUCAGCUCUGAAGGCAAAUCCCUCACACCCAAGAGAGCUGGAUCUGAGUAACAAUGACCUGAAGGAUUCAGGAGUGAAGCUGCUCUCUGCUGGACUGGGGAAUCCCCACUGUAAACUGGAGACUCUGAGGCUGUCAGGCUGUCUAGUCACAGAGGAAGGCUGUGGUUCUCUGGUCUCAGCUCUGAAGUCAAACUCCUCACACCUGAGAGAGCUGGAUCUGAGUAACAAUGACCUGAAGGAUUCAGGAGUGGAGCUGCUCUCUGCUGGACUGGGGAAUCCCCACUGUAAACUGGAGACUCUGAGGCUGUCAGGCUGUCUAGUCACAGAGGAAGGCUGUUGUUCUCUGGUCUCAGCAAUGAGGUCAAACCCCUCACACCUGAGAGAGCUGGACCUGAGCUACAAUCACCCAGGAGACUCAGGAGUCAGACUGCUCUCUGCUGGACUGGAGGAUCCAAACUACAGACUGGAGAGACUCAAUGUGGAACAUGGUGGAGAGUACACAAUGAAACCUGGGCUUAGAAAAUAUGUCUGUGAUCUCACACUGGACCCAAACACAGCACACAGUCUCCUCUCUCUGUCUGAGGAGAACAGAAAGGUGACAUGUGGGAGAAAGAAGCAGCCGUAUCCUGAUCACCCAGAGAGAUUUGAGGACUAUAGACAGGUGCUGUGUAGAGAGGGUCUGACUGGGCGCUGUUACUGGGAGGUAGAGUGGAGUGGGGGAUGGCCGGUUAUAGGAGUGACAUAUAAAGGAAUCAACAGGAGAGGAGGGGGUAAGGACUGUAGACUUGGAUGGAAUGACAAGUCCUGGAGUCUGUUCUGCUCUGACAACAGUUACACUGCCAGGCACAAUUGUAAUACCACUCUCAUAGACGUCCCUUCCUCCGGCUCCCACAGAGUAGGAGUGUAUCUGGACUGGCCAGCCGGCACUCUGUCCUUCUACAGAGUCUCCUCUGACUCACUGACCCACCUGAACACAUUCUACACCACAUUCACUGAGCCCCUCUAUUCAGGGUUCUGGGUUUAUGAUGACUCUUCAGUGACCCUAAUCAAACACAACACAAUAUUUUAAUAAAAUAUCAAAUAAGAAUAUAAAUAAAUAAAUAAAUAACUCUGUGUCACACACACUGGAAACACACACACACACACACUGGACACACACACAGACACACA